AUUUUAACCUUUCCUUGGCCCACUCCCCUGGUCUGUGAAUGUCUGUGUUUGUGCAUGCACAAGCACCCACACAUGCUGUCACUAGACUACUGGCCUUGGCAAUCUUUUUGACAUCGUGUCUCUAGAAUAUCCAUGCUACCCUUCUCCUGUGACAUGGUUGCCUGGAAACAGAAAUGUGUGCCACUUUGAUUUACUUUUAAAGCAAAGUGCACCUCUGUGUUGCAGCUGUUGCAGCCCAUGUCAACUGUGGCAAAGGGAGGGAGAAUAGAUGAGAUCGAAAGAACACAGAAAAUGCAUCAAGUGAGGAGGAAAUGCAAUAAGAAGGCAGCUCUGUUGGGAGUGAGGGGAGGGGGAGAUGGGUUGCUGUAUUGAGAGAUAAUCAAAUAAAAAUAGCAUUUUACAUCAGUGAAUUAUGGGAGGACAAUCCAGUGUGAAAGGUUUGGUUGAUAAAAAAACAGUGUGAUAAACAAGCUGAUUCCAGUGCAGAGUGCAGCGGUAGGCUUACAGGGAUUAAGCAGGCAAGCUUAAUUCAGCUCAAACACUGUUUGAACUGUGCCUUCCCAUUGCUGCAUGCUUAACACAUCUAACUGGUUCACCUCAUUUCUCCUCAGAAGCAAAGAUUUACUUCUCUUGUACAGCCUCAGAUCUCUGACUGUGCCUGUGCAUCAAUGAUAAAAACCUGAUAAUCAGGUUUAAAAAAAAAUCGCAACACCACUUGACACCAGGACUCUGUGUCCUAGUUUGAACUCUGAUCUGCUCCAUUUGUUGGCUCUUAUCAGUCCUCUCCUAAUGCCUGUAAAAACCUAAUGGAGUUGAAGAUGUGUUGUAGGGAGUGGAACUGACAGAUAAACCUACUGACCUAGGCCCCAUGCUGGACUUAAUGAUAGACAGACUAAGGUAGAAGGAUGCUGAGGAUGGCUAGACAAUGGCUGGCCUCUCAGUUGGCCCUGCAAUUUCCAUCUGGCUGCCUUCCAAGCCCUCCCUCAUCAUAAGCACCCUCCCCCUCUCUGUGCACACUCACACCCGGUGCUUCUCUCACACGUAAACAAGCAUGAGUCUUGGGCUGAUCAGAAAACAACUGACCUACAUGAAGGCAUGUGCUGUCCUCUUUUCUUCCACCACUGGCCUCUCAAAAUUCACAUUCAGCUGUUGCACAUUGUGUUUAUUAUGCUGCAUGCAGGUGCACAGCUUUUCAGGCAAGCACAUGCUGUAUGACAAUGCACACUGAAUAACAGUAUUAGCUGCUUAAUGCUUUGUUUGAAUCUUAAGUAUCUAUGGUCAAUACUAUUUUAAAUUGAUUGCCAUUUAAAAAGUGUGAAUGAUUGCCCCAUGUGAAUGCUUUUCCUCACAGCAACAUCCAUGCUCUUUCCUAUGACAGUGAUACUGUAAAUAAUAGUGUUUGUACAGAAUCAAAAGACAGCAAAGAACAUCCAAACUGAAUGGCAUCCAUAUACAGCAUGCAGAACCAUCACAGUCUAGUAAGUUAGUUCAUUUCUUUGUGUGAUUUGUCCAAGGAGUACUGUAUUUACAUAUUCAAGCUCAACACAUCUUAUAAUUGCAGAAGAUGAAAGUCUUUUUUUCAGCUUCAUUCAGAUGCUCAUUUGGUUAAAGCCAGUAAUUUCAGCCAGAAAAUGUGCAAACAAAACUGAGAAAAAGAACAGCCGCUACUGAACCACAGCCAGUAAGGAUACGGAGACACUGAAACUCAAGAAUGCUGUGGAAACACUUGAAGAAUGAUGAGCUCCAAAGAGGAGGAAACGUUCCGUUUUUUCCAGUAUGUUGAGGAGAAUGGGCUGAGAACCUACAACGGCUUGAUAGCUCAGAACUUGGACCACACCAGGAAUGAGAGAAACAGGACAUUUCUACAGGAGAAAAAUGACAAGAAAAGAAAACAGGAGGAAGCCAUAAGGAGGACGAGUGAGGACAUAGCAACAGAAGGCAAGCAUUUACGUAUGGGAUCUUUUACAAUGCCAGACCCCCAGGAACACAUGCCUAUGGCUCACCCUCAUGCCCUUGCCUGUGAGCAGGGCUUCUCCAUACGAUCCCAGUCCCUCCACUCUGUCGGUGGUGGGAACAGUGGGGGUGGAGGAGAGGAGGAAGUGGGAAGCCCAACUUCUAGGAAGCAGCCUCCACCAAAGCCCAGGAGGGACCCAGCUACCAAGCUGAGCAUGUCGUCUGAGGCAGUGGACCACAGUUCUGUGUCCACCUGCCGUGGGGAGAGAUGUGACGCAGCUCAAGGAUGCAGUGAGGACUGCAGGAGGGUGCCACCACCCAAACCUAAGAGGAACCCCAACACACAACUGAGCUUUUCCUUUGAUGAGUCCUACAUCAAGAGUCACGGGGUUAGUGGGGUUUGCUCAUCUAGACCUCUCCACUAUGUCACUUCCCCCUGCGAACACAACCCCUCACCUCCACACAGUGAUGACAGCCCCAUAGAUGACUGCGAAGAUGAACCAGUCUACAUAGAGAUGGGCGGGAUUGAUGUUGGAGCACGAGAACCCCUGAAGAGUGAGGAUGAGGAGCCAGGAGAGUCUGUGUAUGAGGAGAUGAAAUACCCAGCUCUAGAUGAUAUGGAGUACCGUACUGAUCCCGUGGGGUGCCGCUCUGCUUGCCCCACCCCAGCACCCUAUGAUCCUGAACCUCUCAGCCGCUGCUCCACACCUCGAAACAUUCCCCUCUGUGACAUUCCUGCACCUUUUCCCAAUUUACUCACCCAUCGGCCUCCAUUGUUGGUGUUCCCACCAGCACCAGCCCAGCGUUCACCCAACUCAGACGAGUCUCCCCUCACCCCUUUAGAUGUAAACAAACUGCCCAUGAUGGACAAUCAAUCCUAUAGCAAAUCCCCAACAUCUUCCUCUGAGCCUGCCUCCUCUGCACAUAACCGACGGGAGCUCACUGCCACCCCAACCCUCACCAUCUCAGGGCGCUCCUCUGCACCUCCUCUACCCUGUGCCCUCUACAAAUCCUGCUCCACAUCAUCCUAUCAGCGUAGCCACUCUGCUUGCCCAUCGCCAGUCAGCAUGGGCCGCUGUCUCACGCCUCUGAGCCUCAUGCGUACAGCUCCCUUUGACGCUCCACUGCCAUUCCCUGGGGGUCUCCCACGGAGUGCCUCUGCCACCCCUCAUGGCAAAGGCUCACCACCUCAAGACAGUGCAGGUCGACUCCAUGGUUCUAUGCAGAAUGUGUCUGCAGGGCGCUCAAGGACACCCACCAGCCCACUGGACGAACUAACCAACCUGUUCACCACAGGCCGGAAUAUGCUGAAGAAAAAUUCCAGUGGUAGAAAGUCUAAAGAACCUGGAGAGACUGAGUCCAAAAGCAAGUCUCACAGUGAGUCCAAGCGUGAAGGCAAAGAGCGCCACAGUCACAGUCACAGUAAGGAGUCCAAACGAGAUUCCAAAGAGCCCCACAGCAAAGAGGUUUCUCACAGGAGAGACAGAAACAAAGACAAAGACAGAGGGAGCAGCAAGGCUGAGCAAAUGCCCAACAGAUGCAACAGUAAAGACCACAGUUGUAGCAGUGUAGAAGCACCACCUGUUCGCAGGGAUAGCAGGGACCAGGGCUGCAGCAGUGUAGAGCCCAUCCCUGUGAGACAGGACUCCAAAGACAGGGGCUGCAGCUCCUUAGAACCCAUCCCUUUGUUAAGAAGAGACUCCAAGGACAGAGGGGUCAGCAAUGGUGACCUGAUGCCAAGGAGAGACAGCAAAGAUCGGAGCGGAGGACAUGGAAUGGAGUCGUUGCUGAGACAGGACAGCAAAGACAGAGAUAGACUGCUAGAUCAGCCACCCGAGUUGUUACCACGACAAGACAGCAAGGAAAGGGCGAGAAACAGCAUAGACGCUAGACACGAAAGCAGAGAGAAACUGUUGGAUCAGCCACCUGAGUUCUUACCCCAACAGGAUAGCAAAGAGAGAGCCAGGAACGGUAUGGACUCAAAGCAUGAAAGCAGAGACAGGCCACCUGAGCUUCUACCCCGACAGGAAAGCAAAGACAGAGCUAGAACUGGAGCAGAAUAUAAGCAUGAUAGCAAGGACCAUCGUCCUGAAUUUUUAUCCCAACAGGAUAGCAAAGAAAGGGCAAGGAAUGAUAUGGAAUAUAGACAUGAAGGUAGAAUAGAUCAGCCACCUGAGAUACUACCCCGACAAGAAACAUCCAGAAGCAGCAACAGCAAAGACAGGGUUGGCAACAGCUUUGAAUUCAAGCAUGAAGGAAGGGAGCGGAGCUUUCACAAUGGAGGAGAUCUUCCUCCUCCACCUCUUCCCAGGCAGGACAGUAAAGAUCUGAGCAGAACCGGCCUCGAGGUGAGACGGGACAGCAAAGACAGAAGUCUGAAUGGCUCAGAGCAGCAUCAUUAUGAUGUGAAAAACACCAAGCCCCCCUGUGCAAUGGAGUAUAGGUGUGAUAACAAAGAAAAGGGAUACAGAGCAGAUGGCACACCCCGACGAGAUAACAGAGCAAAUUACAGCUUGGACCAAUCAAAAGCACAAAAGAGGAUUGACAGCACAAUGUCAGGGCAGCAUUCAACCACAACAACACCUACUCACCACAGAAGAUCAUCUGGUAGCCCACCAGUGACCACGGGAACAGGAAAUGAUAUGAAAGCAGUACCAAAGUAUGGCCGCUCACCUUCUUUGCCUGCUAACCCCUCACCAGUGGGAACUCCACAAAGGAGAGCAUCAGAGACCCAUCACAGUCAGAUGCCCCAGAUGCCAUGGAUAUGUGGAGACGCCACUAUGCUAGAACAGAUCGAGAGGAAACGAACCCUAUGUAUGGAGAUCCGCUCCAGACAGCAUCCGCACCUACAGAGAUCCACAGAGAGGUCUCCCCCUCCUCCUCCAGACAGGAGUGAGGACAGGCACCAGGAGCGGAAUCAGUGCAAGCAAGAAAAUGCAUCUUUCCUCCCAAGCUGGGGGAAAAGCAGUGGGGCUAAAAAGCUCCGUCCUCCUCCUUACCCCACACAGACAACUGUAUUCUGGGACACAGCCAUCUGACAGUAAAAAUGCACCUUCCUGCCACACAAAACCCCAAUGAUGCCCCCUUCCUCUUUCCUCUGGGUUGUGCUGAUUCUUCCUUGCAACAUCAGUGACAUCGGGACAGCCAAUAAGAGCACUGGAGGGAUGAUAAUCGUUGAUGUCAAAGGACAAUGGUGGUUACCACAGCAAUAUUUCUGCUUGUUCAGGUUGUCAUGUUUUCUUAUCAUCACUGGUGAUAAUUGAUAUUUUUCUAUUUUCUGUGACUGUAUUCUUGUAAUAUAAUUAGUAGAAUAGAUAUUUGAUGAAUAGGUAUUUUCUAAAUGAGAUGGGAAUUAAAAAGCAGCAUAAAGUAAGUAUAGAAGAUGUAGAUGUUUGUUUUUAUGUUAUUUUUGUGUUGGUUAUUUAACAUUUGAAACCAUAAUCUAUGAAUACUUAUACUGUAGUAGCAGAAUUUUCUUAUGCCCAGCUCUUUGUUGUGCUCCACCUGCACUAAAAUGAAUGGACUAUUCAAUUCUGUCUUUAUAUACUUUACAUUUUCACUGUUGUAUUGUAAGUUGAGGCGUUAACGUCAAACGUGCUUUAGGUUCGAGCUCCCUGUAUGCCUGGUCCAGUAUGUUGUAGAAUGUACAACAGUUGGUCCUAGAACAGAAACAGGAAACUUUGUGUGCUUCAGUUUGUAUAUUACAGUAAGAAGCUGUGUAUUCACUACAUCAAAGCCUUUUGAAGCAGCUGAAUAUACUGUAAGUAAACCUGGUGGCUGGCAUGUUGUAGAGGACAGAGAAAAGGUGAAGUGUUUCUGUUAAGAUACACGGAGGGUAGGAUGAGAAGGUAGUAAAUUAUAACAUACAUCAUACAACAUACGGUAUCAUUUCCCAAACCAGCCAAAGCCUGUAAAAGAGAAAUAUGGCUGUGGUUGCACUUUGGACGUUGGGUUAUUUGAAAUGGGGCUGGUGGCAGUAGCUGGUGCCAGCGCCUUCACUUUUCCACGCACACUGCGAGCACCAUGACACAGUGUAAAUACUUGAUGCCAACGACCAGCCCGUACAAUCAACACCUGAGCUUUUAGAGCAUUUCUUAAUUUUAUUGCAGAUUAUAAUAGCCAUAUGCACUUGCUUAAGAAAUCACUAUCAAGAUUAUGCUUAUAUAUAUAUUUUUGAAAAUGUUAUGAGUAGUGAGAUGUGCCAUGGAAGUUUUAAUUUACUGGCUGGGAGGUAAAGCCUCAGGAGACUGACUGUGUGUGACAUACAGUCAUCUAUGGGUGGUUGUCUCUGACAGUAGUUCCAAUUUGAUUGGCUGGCAACCGUUUAUAGAGAUCAAAUUGUUUAAGGACCUAUCACAUGGCAACAUCUCUGACCAGUGAAAAGGACAGGGGUUGCAUACAGGCCUACCAAUAUUUGAGGCCUUGUUUAAAAAUUUAAAAAAUCUAAAAACUGCACUACCCAUUUUCUUCCAUCACAUUUAAUCAGGCUGGUUACAUUCACGCCCCUCUCCCUCUACCUCAGCCUCUUGCUUACAUUAUCUAAAUUGGUUCUCCUUGCACAUUAAAAUGCAAUUUUGACAUUGCCAAAAUAGUAUGAGUUUGACAAAUGAGCUAGCCCUCAGAGUACAAGUGCAGUACCCCCUCUCUGGUGAGAAUCAUUGCUACUGUACAGAGGUCCCUCUGUGUUGUACCUGUAUGUGUGUGUGAGUGGGAGAGCUGUGUGUGUUGUGCGUGCCAAGCAACACUGUAUGCAAGUCGAAUCUUUAAAAUGAUUGUUUUAAGGCAUUCACUUUGCCCUAUCCAUGACGUUGGUGGAGGUCGGAAAUGUAAUAAUGAUGAUGUACAAUCGUUUCGUGUGUAUAAACGUGCACUGUGAAAAGGUAGAGAGAGCACCACACUGUCAGAGUCCUCUGUCUUAUUGCACUGAGUGUUCUCUUGUUUUGCGUAAUAAAAAAAAGAAAAGGAAAAACAUGUUUGAGGAAAAAAGUACUGUAUUCUGAUUGUCACUUGGGUUUUGUUGAGAGAAAUAAAUAAAUAUGAACUUGAAACCUGA